GGAGUGACUUCCAACUUCACCACCCGUAGGAAACACCUUCCGUUACCGAGUUCACCGCAGCGCUGCCAGGGCGGGCUUUUCUUUACCUGCCAGAAACCCGUAACUCAACCCGCUUCCAUUCACAAGCCUCACAGACCCACACAGAGCCCUCUAACACUUUCUCCACCGCUCCCCGAACACAGCCGUCCUCCCUGACCGCAAUCUGAGAGCAGCCUGCGCCUGGCCAGGCAUAAAGCAAGGCCGCCAGCAUGAAGCUCACUGACAAUGUUCUGCGGAGCUUCAGGGUCGCGAAGGUGUUCCGGGAGAAUUCCGACAAAAUCAACUGUUUCGACUUCAGCUCGAACGGAGAGACGGUGAUCUCGAGCAGCGACGACGACUCGAUUGUACUGUACGACUGCCAGGAGGGAAAGCCUAAACGGACACUGUACAGUAAAAAGUAUGGAGUGGACCUCAUCAGAUACACACAUGCUGCCAAUACAGUCGUCUACAGCUCCAACAAAAUUGAUGACACUAUACGGUACCUGUCUCUACACGACAAUAAGUAUAUUCGUUACUUUCCCGGACACAAUAAGAGAGUUGUUGCACUCUCUAUGUCCCCUGUUGAUGACACGUUUAUCUCUGGCUCCUUGGAUAAAACGAUUCGGCUAUGGGAUCUUCGCUCCCCAAACUGUCAGGGACUGAUGCACCUUCAGGGGAAGCCAGUGUGCUCUUUUGAUCCUGAGGGCCUGAUCUUUGCUGCUGGAGUCAAUUCUGAGAUGGUCAAACUCUAUGACCUACGUUCCUUUGACAAAGGACCUUUUGCUACGUUUAAGUUGCAGUAUGAGCGCACAUGUGAGUGGACUGGCCUGAAGUUCAGCAAUGAUGGCAAACUCAUCCUGGUCUCCAGCAAUGGAGGAACACUCAGACUGCUUGAUGCAUUCAAAGGAGCUAUACUACAUUCAUUUGGGGGAUACAACAACAGUAAAGGUGUAGUUCUGGAAGCUUCCUUCACCCCAGAUUCUCAAUUUGUCAUGAUUGGUUCAGAGGAUGGAAAGAUCCACGUAUGGAACGCAGAGAGUGGAAUGAAGGUGGCGCUGUUGGAUGGGAAACACACAGGGCCAGUCACCUGCCUACAGUUCAACCCCAAAUUUAUGACCUUUGCCAGUGCCUGUUCGAACAUGGCAUUCUGGUUACCCACAAUCGAUGACUGAGGAGCUGAGGUCCUAUUCACUUUUUUAGUUUCACUAUUUGAACUACUCCAACAGAGGGCAGGCAACUCCCUCUUGCCUGUUGGAACAUUGUGGGACUUGUGUACACUGUAAAUAUGUUGACCAUGAGGUCAGGUUGUAUUCUUUGUUCAUUUUAUACUUAUUAAACAAUGUUCUUUUGUAAA